GAGAGAGAGAGAUUCUUCUACACAUCCAGCGAGAAAAGGCAAAGCCUAUUCCUCGUGAGUGAGAGCACAUGGGUUUAAAUCCUCUGUGACGCACAUACAAACACACAGACACAAAGACACACAGAGUCAGAGAGAGAGGGAGAGGGAGAGAGAGAGAGAGAGAGAGAGAAAGUUUUGGGUGGUGGGGUUGCCGGAAAAUGACGUCAGAUGGGGCGACGUCAGCGACGGUGACACGGAGGAAGCCGUCGUGGAGAGAGAGAGAGAACAAUAGGAGGAGAGAGAGGAGGAGGAGAGCUAUAGCGGCGAAGAUAUUUACUGGGCUUAGAGCUCAAGGAAACUUCAAUUUGCCAAAACACUGUGAUAACAAUGAAGUCUUGAAGGCUCUUUGUGUUGAAGCUGGUUGGACUGUUGAAGAAGAUGGUACCACUUAUCGCAAGGGAUGCAGGCCACAUCCAAUGGAUAUUGUAGGCACUUCCACCAAAAUCACACCAUACUCUUCCCAAAAUCCGAGUCCACUAUCUUCAUCCUUUCCGAGCCCUAUUCCAUCAUACCAAGUCAGUCCAUCCUCCUCUUCCUUUCCUAGCCCAUCUCGUAAUGAUGCCAACAAUUCCUCUUUCCUUAUUCCAUUGCUGCGGAAUGCCAUUCCUUCAUCUCUUCCUCCUCUCCGAAUCUCAAACAGCGCCCCUGUAACCCCUCCACUCUCAUCACCAACUUCAAGAAAUGCUAAGCCAAUCCCCAAUUGGGAUUCCAUUGCCAAAGAAUCCAUGGCCUCGUUUAGUUACCCGUUUGGUGCUAUUUCUGCCCCAGCAAGCCCAACUCACCGUCAGCUUCAUACUCCAGCUACUAUACCUGAAUGUGAUGAGUCUGAUUCAUCCACCAUUGAUUCUUGUCAAUGGUUGAACUUCCAAACGUAUAUGCUUUCAACAUCUACAGUCCCAACCUCUCCAACCUUUAAUCUUAUGAGACCUGUUGCUCAGCAAAUUAUAACCAACAAAUCAAUCAAUGAGAUGGGGAGAAGUACAGAGUUCGACUUUGGAGGUGGACAAGUUAAGCCAUGGGUUGGAGAGAAGAUUCACGAGGUAGGAUUGGAUGAUCUGGAGCUCACACUUGGAAGUGGGAAGGCUAAGAUUUAGAACACUUGUGGAAUAUCUGGGUUGCGGAAGAAUAGAAGAAAAGAGAUCAUAUGCUUGUACAUGGUUCACUGAGCUUGGUAUUCAACUGCAUUUUGCAGUUGUGAGUCAAUUCUUUUCACUGUGAAUUGCAUAUCUUUGAACCAAACUUGUAAUGUCGGACUAUAAUUCUAAGUUUGUUUUAUUCCUUUAUAUAGUGAUAAUUAAUUAA